CCCGGAAUGGAGCUGGGGCGGCGGGACUCGCUGGCGCUGCUCACCGACCUCUACCAGUUCACCAUGGCCUACGCCUACUGGCGGGCCGGGCGGCAGCGGGAGCCGGCCGAGUUCGAGCUCUUCUUCCGCCGCUGCCCCUUCCAGGGGGGCUUCGCCCUGAGCGCGGGGCUGGGCGAGUGCCUGGCCUUCCUGCGAGGCUUCCGCCUGCGCGAGCCAGAAAUCGAGUACCUGCAGUCGGUCCUGCCCAGCACCAUGGAGACGGCUUUCUUUGAUUACCUGCGCACCGUGGACGCCUCCGAAAUCACUGUCUCCUCUGCUCCGGAGGGCUCCAUCGUCUUUGCCACGGUUCCGCUACUGCAAGUGAAGGGGCCGCUGCUGGUGGUGCAGCUCCUGGAGACCACGCUGCUGUCUCUGGUCAGCUAUGCCAGCCUUGUGGCCACUAAUGCUGCCCGGUUCCGCAUGCUCGCUGGCCCGGACAAGAAGCUGCUGGAGUUGGGGCUGCGACGUGCCCAGGGCCCGGAUGGGGGCCUUUCUGCAUCCAAGUACUCCUACAUAGGGGGCUUUGAUUGGACCAGCAACGUGCUGGCAGGGAAGCUGUAUGGGAUUCCGGUGCGGGGAACCGUGGCCCAUUCCUACAUCAUGUCCUUCACGUCGCUGGCGGAGGUGCAGCCCCAGACCCUGAAGCCCCUGGAUGGAGAUGAGCCGGUGGAUUUCCUGCCCAUUGCUGAGUCAUGGCUGAGGCAGGUGUGCCAGACCCUGCAGGUCCCCUAUGACAGAGUGAACCAUGGGGAGCUGGCUGCCUUCAUGUCGUACGCCAUCGCCUUCCCCCACAACUUCUAUGGUCUGGUGGACACUUACUCUGUCAUGGGGAGUGGCGUCCCAAACUUCUGUGCCGUGGCCCUGGCGUUGAACCAGCUGGGAUACCGUGCAGUAGGGAUUCGCGUGGACAGUGGAGACCUCGGCAAGCAGGCGAGGGAGAUUCGGCAGGUGCUCCGGACCUGCAGUGCCAACUUCCAGGUUCCCUGGUUUGCAACAAUCCCCAUUGCUGUGAGCAAUGAUGUCAGUGAAAGGAGCCUGGAGGAGUUAAUGCAGGAGGGGAAUGAAAUUGACGUGAUCGGAAUUGGGACCAACGUGGUGACAUGCCCACUGCAGCCCUCUCUGGGCUGUGUUUACAAGCUGGUGAAGGUGAAUGGCUGCUCCAAGCUGAAGCUGACUGAAGACGAGGAGAAGAUGACCAUCCCGGGGAGCAAGGUGGUGUACAGGCUCUAUGCUGCCACUGGUCUUGCCUUUAUGGAUCUGAUGGCAUUGGAGGAGGAGCCCCCACCCAGGGCGGGGCAGGAGGUGGCUGUCCGCCUGCUGGGGAGGAGUGAAGUGGCCAGGAGGGUGACUCCCACGGCAGUGGAGAUCCUGCACCGCAUUUACUUUAAAGAUGGACAGCAGGUUUGCCAGGCUCUUCCCAGCCUGCUGGAAAUCAAGAGCCACACACAAGCCUCUUUGAGCAUGCUCAGCCCUGCGCACAAGAGACUCCAGGACCCAGAGCCUUACCAGGUUGCUGUGACUGAGAAGCUGCACUUUCUCCUCAGUAACCUGCGUCGAUCCAGCCGGUGAGCUGCCCUGCCUGCAUCAUCUCGUCCAGCAGCAAACUGCACCUGUGCAAGCCUGAAUUAACCUGCACAAAGACCUGGCCACUCUCAGGGCAUGGGCCUUUCUAUUUAAUUGUCUAAUCCUUUUUGAAUGAUGGUUUUGCUGUGCAGGGCAGUAGCUAGAGGGCAGUCCAGCUCCAACAGGUACGGCAAACAUCCCCGAACAGGACCUGCGCAGACGGGAAGGAAAUUUUUCUGAUCCGAUUUGAAAUGCAAGGGGAGGCGUUGAUGGGGGCAGAGAUCCAGCAAGGCUCUGCCUAGUUUUACUCUACUAACAGUGUGGCUUAAGUGUUGGGAUCUGCAGCUGUCCUCGGGUGCUGUUCUUCUGCCGUCUCUACCGUGUGGUUUGGAAAGUCUUAUCUCCUUAUGUUGUCCCUGUCAUAAACAGAUAGUUAAGGGUUAAUGUCUCUUUUACCUGUAAAGGGUUAACAAACAGGGAACCAAAAA